AUGCUUUCAUCAGUCCUUCACCCCGUAACACCCAAUUGCUAUUGUGUAAGACCAAGAGCUAAGGUGACAGUUGUCGGUGGUGGCUCUGUUGGCAUGGCAUGCGCAUUCGCCAUAAUGAUGAAGGCACUACCCAUUUCAUUGUUAUUCUUUAGGACCGAAAAAGUAAAAGGCGAAGUAAUGGACCUUGAACAAGGUCAACAGUUUCUUAACAACUGCAGAAUACAAGGGGGCAGCGAUCACGCCCUUUCAGCUGGAUCUGACAUAAUUGUUAUCACUGCUGGUGUUCGACAGCAACCCGGAGAAUCUCGCUUAAAUUUAGUUCAACGGAACACUGAUAUAUAUAAAGAUCUCAUCCCAAGUCUAGUGAAACACAGUCCUGACGCAGUGCUGCUCGUUGUGUCCAACCCCGUCGACAUUAUGACCUACGUCACCUGGAAGCUAAGUGGAUUUCCUCGUAACCGUGUACUCGGGAGUGGGACUACUCUGGAUUCCGCAAGAUUUAGAUUCUUCCUCGCUCAGAGAUUUGGUGUAGAUCCUCAGUCCGUGCAUGGAAUUAUAAUUGGUGAGCACGGGGACUCAUCAGUCGCUGUCUGGAGUAAGGUAACCGUUGGAGGCUGCAACUUAUCCUCUAUAAAUCCUGCUAUUGGAACAGACAGUGAUACUGAGAAUUUCGGGCAAGUUCACAAAGACACUGUGGGAGCAGCCUACGAAAUAAUCAACCGUAAGGGCUAUACUGCGUGGGCAAUUGGAGUUUCAACCUGGAAGAUAGUAGAUCUUAUAUUGAAUAACAAGAAUGCGGUAAUCCCUGUUACGACUGCAGUCAAGGGUCUUUACGGAAUAACAGAUGAUGCAUUCCUCAGCCUCCCUUGCGUCGUGGGCGCUACGGGCGUUGCGAGCGUGGUCAAUAUCCCGCUGGAUGAUGCAGAAAUUACCUCUUUGCAAAAAAGCGCUCAGUUACUUCGGGAAACGACCGAUGGGAUCAAUUGGUAA